GGGCUUAGCUGAGCUCACCAAGGUGUGUCCGUGUUGUUUAUCAGCCGCUGGAGUUUCAGUCGAAACACUUCGGAAGCAGAGGACACCUGCGAGGACUCCUACACAGACAGUACCCAGUGGAUCCAGCAACAAUGUCGUCCAGACCUAAUGGUAGUCCACCUCCCUACGAGUCAGAGAAUGGAUAUAACGUCCCUCCUCAGCCGGCCUAUUCUUACUACCCAGAUGAUGAGUUCCAGCAUUUCUACCGCUGGACCUCUCCUCCAGGCAUCCUUAAAAUCAUGGGCAUCAUCGUCAUCGUGUUGUGCGUGGCCAUAUUUGCCUGUGUUGCCUCCACGCUGGCUUGGGACACACAGGGAGUUGGCCUGGGAGGCUUCGGGGCAGGUGGCUAUGGGGGAACCUAUGGGGGGGGUGCAUAUGGAGGCAGUUAUGGGAAUAAUUAUGGUAGCUUUGGAGGCGGUGGGUAUGGACCUGGAAACAACUAUGGCUACGGUGGGAUUGGAGGGAACUACAAUGACCCAAGGAAGGGCAAAGGGUUCAUGAUCGCCAUGGCAGCCAUCGUCUUCAUCUUCGCCCUCGUUGUGUUCAUCAUCAUCGUGUCUCAUCAGAGCCUGUCGCAAAGUAGGAGGUUCUACCUAGCCUUGGUGAUCAUCUGUGCCAUCCUGGCCUUGUUAAUGCUAAUAGCCACCAUCGUCUACCUGGUGGCAGUGAACCCUAUGAGCCAGUCUUACGGCUCAGCCUAUGGAAACCAGAUCGCAGGGCUGUGCGCUCAGUACCAGCAGCCACAGCCUUCAGGAGCGUUCAUCAACCAGUAUCUCUACCACUACUGUGUCGUGGAACCACAAGAGGCCAUCGCCAUUGUAUUUGGAUUCCUGGUGACCGGAGCCCUGAUCGUCAUGCUCGUCUUCGCUCUGAUGACACGCAAAAGGAUCCAGGAAUACGGCAAGAGCAACAUUUUGUGGAGAAGAGUGAAGGUCAUUGAUGAUAAUGCCCCCCCCCAGGAUGUGGAAGCAUGGGUGAACAAUGUGUCCGUCCCUCCACAAGAGAUUCCAAUCUCAGACUAUCCUGAAAAGCUGAGAAGCUCCAGGAGUCACCUAGAUGAUGAAAGCUCUAACUAUGACAAACCUCCCUACAGCUACACCCCACAACCUGCCAUGGAAGAGGAAAGGCCUUUGCAUAAUGGCGCUCCCUACAGCAGCACCUCAGAAAUAGCAAGCUCAGCUGGAAGGCCCAAAAAGAGACGUGCAGGCCGGCCACGACGCACCGACGGGCAAGACUUCGACACUGACUACGCCUCCUCAGGAGACGAGCUGGACGAUAAUGACUUUGACAGUGAAUUUCCUCCAAUAGCAAAUGAUCAGGAUCGCAAUAACUACAAGCGUGAAUUCGACCGGGACCACCAGGAGUACAAAGAUCUGCAGGCAGAGCUGGACGCCAUCAAUAAGAAUCUGUCCGAGGUAGACAGAGAGCUGGAUGAGCUGGAGGAAGGCAGCCCACAGUAUCUGGAUGCUUUGGAUGAGUACAACCGGAUAAAGAAAGUGAAGAAGUCGGCUGACUAUCAGAUGAAGAAGCGCAGGUGUAAAUAUCUGAAGGGCAAACUCAAUUACAUCAAGAAGUUGGUCAGUGACUAUGACCGCAGGGGUUAAACAGCUCUGGGAGGAUUACCCACCUGCCCCAGGUGAGACGGGAAGGACCAAAGCAAAUUUGGCACAGUUCAGAGUCUGUCGACAGCUUUUCUGACUGCAGCAGACGUACAAGAGCCUCAUGUUACCAGUGAAGCUGCCCAGAAGUCAGUCUGUUUGAGCUGGUAGCCGGUGAAUGCCCAAUAAUCUGCCUGGUAUUAUACUCCUUUGUACCACUGAGUAUCACCAGCUACUGAUGUUACAUAUGUAUUUAUGUUUCCUGAUAACUGUGUGGUAAAAGUGUUCUGCUACUAGAAUGUAGAGAGAAUACAAAUUGACACAAUUGCUUUUCGUUUUAAUAGUUUUAAUUUCUGAGCAUUUGUCAGAUUUUGCUGUAUUUUAAAUCUGAAUUGCAAUUUGUCCUCAGGUUUUUAUAAACAUGUAAAUAAGUGGGCAACAUGGUCAUUUUUUCAUACUUCUAGCAGUUUUGAGAAGUUAAUGUGUAAUAUCUUGAUUUCUUUAUGGAUAGACCAACACUUUUAAGAGAUACUGCAUGUUUAAUGCAUACUGAUGUACUUUUACAAUGAUUUGCAAUAGCAUUUUAAUAAAUUAAUCUGUCAUAAACACUUGA